AAUCAACCAAGAGACAUUCAAUAAAUGUGCAGAGAAAAUCGAGGAGUAUCAAAAUCAACGCAACCCACCAUCCGAUUUACGUUAUCGAGGCUUUGUCUUGGUUAAUUGUCUUUAUAAUAAUUUUCAAUAUAUUAAAUUAGAUAGUGUUGAACGAAUUCCAUUCGUCCCGGUUGCAAAAAGUUUAGACGAUCCUUAUAAAAUGUAUUAUAAACCUCCUAGAGAUUUGAAUUGUUUUAAAGAGAUAAUUCUUCCUAAAUAUAAAGAAAUCGCAUGGAGUCAAAAAUCUUUGGUAGCGGAAGAUAUCAUACCACCACCAUUUGUGCUCUCAAAAUAUCCAUCACUUGGUAAACCAGAUGUUUUUACAGUAGUUAAACAUCUACGCUUUUUGCAUGAUGUUUUAUUGAAUGAUGAGAUGUGGAAAAACGACUGGGGAGACACAUUUAAACAUAAUGUUUAUGAAGUUUACAAGUGGCUUGACGAAGAAUGUUCAAAUGAAGAUCUCAAUUUAAGCCAAUAUAUUGCACAAAACGAACCAUUGUUCCUUAAUUUUCAUAAAAAUUCGAAUCCAUUUGAUCCCGAAAACUGGUGUUCAGCAAAUGAUUUAGUUUUGAACAGUGAGCCAGGAGAAAGGAAGUAUGUCAGUCCAACGCUUUCCAAAUUUUCUAAUAUGCUCAAAUGUGCAAAUGUCCGAGAAAUAAAACCACCGAAUGUAGAGAUACAUGUUAGAUUGCAUGAUCAAUUUAAUUUUACCAAUACAAUGUUUGAAUUUCUGUUGAAUCAAGAUCAGGCAACUUUCUUACAUGAUGUAGUUUUCAAUGUGAGUGGAGAAAUUAUAAGAACAAAUCGAUAUAUGCUUGCAGCAAGCUCAAACUUUUUCCGUGAAAAAUUCACGUCAAGAGAUUUUGCGGUAUCAAGUCCGGUCAAUCCAGUUACGAUUGUGAUUGAAGAUGUCAAUCCAAACUCGGUACGCAUCUUGCUACGUUAUCUAUAUGGCCAGAGCAUCGAAUAUGCGGUUCAAAGUUUAAAUGGGAUUGAGAUAAACCCAUCUUUGGAAAUGAUAAUAUAUGAAGAUUUGUUAAAGUUGGCAAAUUCUUAUGAAUUAGACCAUUUGAAAGAUCUUAUGGAGUUGAAGCUCUCGCGACUAGUUUCGAUGUCAAACGUGGGUUUUAUGAGACAGUUGGCGAUAAAUUUGAAUGCUAAUCAACUUGAAAAAUAUUGUCAACAAUUUAUUACUGAUUAUAAAGAUUUGAUGUAA